UAUUGAUCAGAACUUGAAGAUGGACGACUAUGAAGGUCCUUGUGUAAAUAUGAUGAACACUAGCGCCCUGAAACAGCUGAUAUUGGCGUUUAUCCCUUCUCGCCACCCACUGCUUCCUCUCUUGCUGGACUCUUAGGAAAAUCUCUGUAAAGGAAAAGAUUCCAGAAUCGCAUGCAGGUUCUAAUGAUACAGUUCGGGGAAGGCCUUCGUCCACUCCAGGGGGGUCGGAUGUAUCAUUGGAAUCCAUACUUGCGGUCGGCAUUUGACGCCGCACCAAGACGGCACAGUGUCGUCCUAUGCGAUGUCAAGUUCUCUGAAUGAUGUAUAUGCUGCUACGAAGAACGAACCAUCACAUGCAGGCGGAGGUGAUCCUUAUUUUACACCAGAGCGUUCUCAAAGUUUGCUCCAGGAUGUAUCGAAACGGACGGGCGGCACAUCCCGAACAUCAAAGCAAAAUAUGCGAAGAGAUUUCGCAGGGUCACCCGCAAGGUGUCAAACUCACCUCUGUCGAAUAUGAUUCUAUGCAGUUUCUGAACGCUACCAUCCAAGAAGUUCUUCGUUUACACCCUAUCGCACACACCCUCAUGCGUAGGGCGGUUCAAGACGAUUGCCUCCCUCUCUGUGAACCCAUCAUUAGCAAGGACGGAAACAUUCUGAAAGAAAUCCCUAUCGCCAAAGAACAGACACUUCUUUGCUCAAUAUACACGUAUAAUUGGCUCCCGAGAAUCUGGAGUUCCGACGCGGACCAGUGGAAUCCAAACCGAUUUAUUAACAACCGAACGAAGCCUCAGACUCCCGCUUGCCAAUUUACUGUCAUUUGGCUCCGGAAUACGUUCAUGCAUCUGUUUGCGAUCAUGGAAAUCCAAGUUAUCCUUGUCGAUCUUCUGAAAGCAUUUCGAGUUCAGUUUACUGGAGGGUCUCAUUAUACAAGAAUUUUCCGCUGGGCCCGUGGUUGUCCCUGCAGUGGAGGGCAAAGCUAUGAAGGGCUCUCAGGUUCCGUUGCACUUCUCCGUUUUGGGAUGAUGUAUUUUGCGACGUGAAUCCAUGCCAAGAUGUAAAUACGCC